UCCACCACACGAUGGCAAAGAAUUGGCUUGCUAGGACGAAAAAAAAGUUCCUCCGGCUUCAUCCGGCGUGGCGCGUGUACGUAAUACUGCUCGGACUGCUGGUACUCUACAACGAGGUGCUUAUUUACGUGUUGCAAAAGUUGAAAUGGUCUAAUAUUUACUGUAAAGAAGCUGGCUGUGUAAAGAUUCUGCUCGUAGCGGAUCCACAAAUUCUAGGCAAAACGUACGACACACAUUUCUAUGCCGGACUGGCAAACUACGAUUCUGAUCGCUAUCUUGCCUGGUACUACGAGCAAGCGGUCGAACAUGUGCAACCGGACGUAAUCAUUUUUCUCGGCGAUCUGAUGGACGAAGGUACCGAUUCGACGGAAAUCCAUUUCGAGGAGUACUACACCCGUUUCGGAGCGAUCUUCCCAACUCAUCCGACAGCGAAGGUAAUCUACAUUCCGGGCGAUAACGAUAUCGGCGGUGAUGGGAGACAACCGUUGAAUCCGAUUGCAAAGCGACGCUUUCGUCAGUAUUUUUCCGAGCGGCCGGCUUGGGUGAUUAACGAUAAUCUGACGAUCUACAACAUCAACCGGAUUACGCUCGAGAUGACGUUGAACGAUCCGCGCAUGGUCGAUAGUACCGGGACGGAUGUUUCCGAACGUUAUUUGCGUAUAUUUGUCAGCCAUAUACCGGUGCUGGAUGUGCCGUCUAGCUUUACCUACACGGCAAUACAUAAUCUGAAGCCGAAUGUGAUCUUUUCGGCCCAUUUGCACGUUUCGCAGUUUGCCCGUAUACAUCGGAGUCGGUUGAAAACGGUGCAGUAUAGGCCGCUGAGUCAGGACAAGCGGACGGCGUAUAAGGUGCAUUCGUUCGAUCUGAGCUACCACCAGGAUACGCAGGAGUUACUGGAAAUAAUCGUCCCUACGUGUUCGUAUCGGAUGAGUGUUCCGGACAUUGGAUAUGGAUAUGCAGCGAUCGAUGGUACCACGCUGAAGUACACCGUGCUCUGGACGACGAGACGCUUCUAUCAACUGAUCUCGUACGUAGUGAUACUGGCCGUUCCGGUGGUGUUGGGCUUGUUGUAUGUUUUCUACAAAUUCUUACGAGAACACUGCAACUGUCGGUCAAGGUAUGAACGAUUGCCGAAGUAA